AGCAGAAACCCCAGGGGCCUCUGAAGGCUCUUCGCUAGUCCCUAAUGAAGUGGCUCACAUGCUUUUUAUGCUUUCAGCUACAUUUAUAUUGUCCAGUGACCCUCUGCAGGACGGCUGUUUUCCCUUCGCUCGUUCACCUCCCGUCUCCUCCCUGCUUCAGGGUUUUAAAUUACUCCCAGUCAGUGGUGUGUGGUGAUUGUUAUGAAUAAUAUGCGCUCCUCAUCCUCUUCCUGCCCAGGAUCAGGUUACCCUGGCCACGGAUGUAUGCAAGGUACCGGGCGCAAGGAGCCCUGGGGCAGAGCCGCAAGGCACAGCUCACUCAGCACUGAUACUCCCAGAGCGCAGGGGCCUGUCUUCAGGUUACCCCUCAUGGCAGGCAGCACUGAGUAAACAUGGCCCACUCUGCCGUCUCUCUGUUUCUGUUUCUCUUUCUCUUCAUCUCUCCACACACAGCUGUCUUUCCCUCUUGCUCUCAUGCACUCUCAGAUCUGGACGUCUUGACCUGAGACAGGUGUUGUGUUGAGGAUUUGCUUUUUUCAAGCACAGGAAAAUGUUUCCCAGGCUAGCUGGCAGUCACACCCAGUGCAUAUUUGCGAUGCGAUGGAGCACUUUGCUAGAUAAAAGUGCAAUAAUGGACUAGGAUUUUAUAAUCUAAUGUUCGCGUGAAGGAGAAAUGCCAGGGGGCUAUUCUCUGAGCGUGGUAAGAAAUACCGACAUCCAUCAAGGGUGAUGCUAAUUCGAUCCGUUUGACCUGUCGAAUUGCCUGUUGUCCUCUGAGUUCAUGAACAGACAAAUCGCCGAAUCCUUUGGACACGACAAAAUCUCUAACCAAGCAGAAAGUUAUGCUCUAUAUGAAUGCUGCUUUGCAGAAACAGAUCCCAAACACUACCUGGAAAACGGCUAACCUCGGCUGUUCCGGCUGUUGAGAUCAUCUCGCACCACCUAAUUCCUAUGGACCAUGACUAUCCAUGACUUCCCUCAUAACAGUGACCAACCAAACCAGCGUACACCCCAAGCCCAUUUCCUGUCAUGUCCCACCUCGCUGAAUAGAAGUUCUUUUAGAGGUCAUGGUCAGAGAUUGAGAAGAUGUAAUCUGAGCUCAGCAAUCAAUAUCUCAGUGCACACUGUUAAGAAGCAAGAGGUUGCUUCGUUGUCCAUCAGUAAACCAGCCUUUUUGUAGCAACGAUGUCCAAAGUCAGCAGCAGUUGACUUAUUGGGGAUUGUGCCACAUUUUCCGCUCUGCUUCAGUCAAUGUUCAUAAUAUUACUAGGUAAUAUUACAUAGCUAAUAUUACUACGAUAGCCUUCUUUCAUCUCAGAAAUAUUGCUAAGAUAAGAAAUAUAUUGUCACUACACGAUGCAGAAAUACUAGUUCAUGCUUUCGUCACCUCUAGACUAGAUUACUGUAAUGUCUUACUGUCUGGAUGUUCCAGUAGGAGCAUAAACAAACUCCAGUUAGUCCAGAAUGCAGCUGCUAGAGUCCUAACUAGAACCAGAAGAUACGACCACAUCACCCCGAUCUUAUCCACACUGCACUGGCUCCCAGUGAAAUCUCGCAUUGGUUAUAAAAUACUAUUAUUUACCUAUAAAUCACUAAAUAGUCUUGCGCCACAGUAUCUAAGCAACCUUUUGGUUUUCUAUGAUCCGCCACGCCUACUUAGAUCAAAGAUUAUUUGAUGGUACCUCGAAUAGCGAAGGCUACAGCAGGGGGAACAGCCUUCUCUUAUAGAGCCCCACAGUUAUGGGACAGUCUUGAAAUUAGUGAUCGGGACUCAGACACAGUCUCAGUGUUUAAGUCUAGGCUUAAAACGUAUUUGUUUAGUCAAGCCUACCCUGACUAGACUUUCUGUUACGCUAAGCACAGUCCUAAUAAUCUUUUCUCUCCCUCUCUCCUGCUGCCGAGCCACACACGAUUUUAUGUAGAUACUAGAGGUCCUGAUCCUUUCUGCUCUCCGGACCUGCCUGAUCCGUUUCGGAUGUCCUACCUCUGGAUGGAGCUCUCGUCUACUCCAAUUCCAGAUUGCUGGGACUACGGCUGCUUCUAAGGCCAAACAGACUUCAUAUGAAUCCAUAAUGAACUUUUUCACACUAUCUGUUGUUACCCAGAUGAGGACGGGUUCCCUUCUGAGUCGGGUUCCUCUCAAGCUUUCUUCCUCUUAACAUCUUAGGGAGUUUUUCCUCGCCACCGUCGCCACCGGCUCGCUCAAUUGGGAUAAAUUCGCACUUUUAAUAAUAAUUUUCUCUAUACCGUGUUUAUAUAUUUCUGUAAAGCUGCUUUGAGACAAUGUCUAUUGUAAAAAGCGCUAUACAAAUAAAAUUGAAUUGAAUCGAAUGAUCAGACAUUAGCAGAGCAUCUCCAUUUGGCCUCACCCUGCCGUGCGGUCUGAGUAAUCUGCAGCUGACAAGUGCUCUGGGACAUGGCAGAGAGUUUUAGAGUGCUCUUUGCAGGGGUUGGGGAGGGGGUUCAUUGGGCUUCCUGAUGUCAGCACCUCGCCUCCUGUGCUGCUGGAGUGUGGAGUAUUGAUCCAUUGGCACCCUGGAAACUCAGACAAGGUCUGGGGGCUUGGAUGGGUGCGGAGAGUGUAAGUCCCACUACUUCUGGAGUAAGCUGUCCUCCUUCAGGAUUUAUUUUACAAGCCUGACAGCGAAGCUGAAAGGUUUAUCUGAUGUGCCGUGAUUGGUGCGAGCCUCGUAUCCAAGUCUCUUCCCUAGUGGCACUGGUGGCAGUAUGGAUUCAACACCUCCUCUAAGGAUGGACCGUGAUGGCUUGGACCCACAGCAGAUCUCUGUGCUGUCCAUAGAUCAGAUCCGUGCGAUAAGGGCCAACAAUGACUAUGUGGAGCGUCCUGUGGCGCUAGACCCUGCUUCGCAGGUGGGUGUCUUCUAUACACACGAUGAAAGACAUCCUCAGAUGCCUCGCAGCCAGAGUCAGCACCAACAUGCCCACCUGGCUCACCUGAGUCGCUCUAGUACAAUCAGCUCCAUGUCUCGUGGCAGUGCCGCUUCGGACCAAAGACUUCUUUCAGGAUUAACAAGUUCCCAUUCCGGAUUGGCCUCGGUGGUGCGUUCUCAACCCAAGGGCGACCUGAAACCAGACUCGCUAAGUAAAGGCUUGGCUGACGGAGAGGAUUUAGGCUUACAUCUGUUCAUCUGUGAACGCUGUAGCCGCUGCAAGUGCCAGGAGUGUUGUGCUCCCCGAAGCUUGCCCUCUUGCUGGGCCUGUGGCAAGCGAUGUCUGUGCUCAGCCGAGAACGCAGUGGAGUACGGCACCUGCCUGUGCUGUGUGAAGGGUCUCUUCUACCACUGUUCGGCAGACGAUGAGGACAACUGCGCCGACCGACCCUGCUCCUGUGCUCCGGCUCACGCCUGCUCCCGCUGGAGCACCAUGGCUGUUCUGUCUCUCUGCCUGCCCUGCUUGUGCUGCUAUCCUCCUGCCAAGCUUUGCCUCACUAUGUGCCAGCGUGGCUACGACCGGGCCACACGACCCGGCUGCCGCUGCAACAACACCAACACAGUGUGCCGCAAGAUCUCCGCUACUAACCCUGCACCUUUCCGCAAGUCUCUGGACAAACCGGUAUGACACGGAGACGGCGCUCCUCCUGUGAUCCCGUCACUGCAUUCCCCCUUUCGCGUUCCCGAGGAUACCAUGAAACACUGAACUUACUGACCUGCACCCAACCGAUCAGGCCUAGCUACAUUACGUGCAAGAAUGGAAGCUUAUUGAUUUAAAAAAAAAAAGAAAAAAAAAAAAGGUGUUGUCUAUUUAUUUAUUUAUUUGACUUUCCUGGCUAAGACAGGUAAUCCUGUCCAUAUGUAACCUUUUACAGGGAGUAAGCUAUCAGAACAAAAUGAAUCUGGUGCCGCGUUGGGUAAAAUGCAUCUUCCAGGCACAGUGCCAGGAAAUCAUCUUCAGCCAUACUGCGCGGACAGUCUGUGUGCGAGACGGCUGACUUUUGAUCCGAGGGGGACGUAGAGCCCGAGCCAAAAAAAAAAAACCAUUCAGAACAAACUGUGUUGGGACACCAAAAAAAUUAAAUAAAUAAAUAAAAGGGACCAGAUGAAGCUCAUUCAGGAACGGCUUGUGAGGGGUGGUUACAUGAAGAGACAUCAGGCAUGUGUGGAUAUGAACGGAUGGAUGCACCUGAGAGAGCGAGAAAACGAAUGCGUGUGUUCGUGUGUGUGCGAGUGCAUGCGGGUGCGUGUCAAAGACAUGUAAGGUGUAUGUGCAUGCGUGCGCAGUCUCAGGCCUCUGUCUGCUCUCCGCAGAAGCAUUCCUUUUUUUUUUUUAUUUUUAGAGAAGCUGCUCUGAAA